UCUCAAUCCGCUACUGUGCAAGAUUGUGCGUGAAGCAUCCAUGACCAAAACACAGCAGAUGAGAGAUGAUGGAUAAACUCUGUGAAAUGCCAUCGCUACCAUCUCUAACAUAGAUCAGACCGCAAGAUUAGUGCUAAAAACAUAAAGCAACUAUGGACGAUACGUGGGAUUUUGAGUUUCUGUCGCGAAUAGCAGACAGCUGUUUAUCUUUUCUCUCGGAGUUUGUGGAGGACUGGCUUGCUAACGACAUGCGAGUAUCUAUAUUUAAAAUUCUUCUUAGCUGGCUAAUAUUUAGCCUGAUUGCUAUCCAUUUUGCUUGGAAAGUCUACGGGAAUACAGUGAACGACAUGUAUUACCGACAGGGAACCGGCCAGAACGGAGGAACACCUGACACAGCCCCUCACCUGGGUGGAUGGGACAGUGCUGCUGGGGAUACACCAAAGGUUCAUCGGGAUUAAGAAGACAAUAAAUUAAAUUUGUUAUUCAUGAGCCAGACAACUAUUGUCAUUGAUUCCAUGACUGAUGAUGAAGCAUACAUUUUGUUUGAAAGCUAAAUUGACUUUGAUUUUUUACGCAGGAAUAUAAUUUCUGUUCAUUCCAAACUGAACAAAUCUGGAUCUCUAAAGAGCAUUUGAAAACCCUGCAAAAUGUUAAAAUAAAAGAAAUUAUUGUAUUACAAAUUUCAA